AGAGAGGAGAAGGCGUGGCGUGACAAAACACAGAGAAUGGAAGCGGAUAGGGAGGGUUUCCAGAGGAAUAUUGAAGAAAGUCUUCGUCGUGGCGAGGAGCGAAAAGCAAAGAGGCGCUGGAAGGACGUCUGGGAAAGAUAUACCAAGGAAUGGGAAAAUAUUGCCGCAGCUGCUGCCGAUGAGGGGCGGAGCGUAGAGCAACUUAUCCCAUGGCCGGUAGAAUCAGGCAAGAUGAAGGAUGUCUCAAAAGAGGAGGUCGAACACUUUUUCCGCAAUACCCCCUCAACCGACAGCCCUCUGGACAAGGUACUCAAAAUGGAGCGCGUGCGCUGGCAUCCGGAUAAAAUGCAGCAAAGAUUUGGAGAGCGCGGCAUCGAUACAGAUAUCAUCAAGGCGGUCACAGCAAUUUUCCAGGUCAUUGACCGUCUUUGGACUGAAAUGCGGGAGAAGAACGCUAAUAAUUAAGCUCAAGUUUGCGGAAAGCCUUUGCUAUUCCUCGA